GUGCGCGAGGUUUAUGGAAACUCAACAUUUACGCUUUGUCACAUUUACAAACUAAUAUAUAUAUUUUUUUUUUGUGCAAAAUACGUGGGGCUCUAACAGACCUAUUUGAAGGGACAUUAAUCAUUGGAAUAAAGAGCCAGUAAUUCUAAACGUUUCAUUGACAUGUCACUUUCACUUUCCCUGUAAAUAAAAGGUACAUUCACAUGUGGUUUCUCAUAAUUCAAUAGCGCUCAAUAAUACAAUACUUUUAGAGAACUUGCAAAUGCUUCACCUUGAAAUAAUAAGUGAACAUGUUUAUCGAUUCGUUAUUAAAUGGUUUAGGAAAAAGCCAUCAUUUACAGCGGGCAAUUUAGCGAAAUGAGGAAUGACGGAUUGUGGAAUGAGGAAGAGAGACAGGAGUUGACCAUUCUGCCUGUACCAUUUGCGUGGACCAUUCUGUUUCGCAGGACUCGAGUAGACAGAUGAUGAUCUCGAAGAAGUCAGACAAGUCUCCCGCUGAAACGUAAGUUACAAUUUUAUCUAUUACAGAUGUCAAGUUAAAUGCAGGUGUCACAGUUGCCUUUGAGGCUUAUCAUCACGUUUUGGAUUUACCUGUUACUCACAUGCUCUCUAUGCACAAUUCAAUAUAUGACAUUAGCUAUCUCUUAGCCUUCUCUAAACUUGUUUGACUUUAUCUGUAUUUUUCCAAGUCAAUCGUAUUGAAAUUUGUGAUCAAUUUUGGAUUGUGUUCAUACAUUUCCCUUUUUGGUGAUACAUUUAUUUUUAUUCCUUGACAUCACAGAGGAAAUGAGAGUAAAUCAUGUGAGUGUGGCAUGAUGCGGUGGCAGACUUGAAGCUGUGCCUGUGUGCAUUUUUAGACUUGAUUUUCCCUAACAAAACAUUUAACAACCCCUACUGAAAUGUCCAUUAAUUAUAAUCCACAUAAUAAUUCACAUUUCCUGUUGCUGCAAGAUUAUUUUCCUGCUGUAGCAAACUGGCUCAAAUUAAGAUCCCACAUCUGUAUGAGUGCCCGGCAGCUGGUCCUGAGGCAGAGAGCAGAGCUGCUGCGUGCCCUGUGCUGUGGUGGCUCUUCUGAGGGUCUGGAGAGUGUAUUGGACCUACUCCUGUCCUGGGGCAUGCUGUUCUGGGAGGACUACCAGAAUGUACUGGUACCAUGCCGUGGUUUGUGUGCCAACACAAGGGUGCUACUAGAUCUGGUGUACACCAAGGGAGAUGAGACCUGUCGACUGCUCCUGGCUGCUUUCAAACAGGUCCUCCCUGAGGCCCAAAGAGCUGGCCUCUCUUUUGGAAACUGUUGUACUGCCGAUCUAGAAAAUACAAGAGAUGAUACAAAAGAACUACAUGGUACAGCUAUCCAGACCCUCCAGACAGACAGGCCUGAUCUGGUGAGGAGGCUAAGGGACCAUAUUGAAGGAGCUCUGGAGGCCCUGCUGCAUACGGGCAGCUUUACACCAUCUGAUUGCGAUGAAGUGCAGCUACCUGUGUACACCCCCUCACAACAGACAAGGCGUCUACUGGACCAGGUCAGAUCAAAGGGGGAGCCUGCAGCAAAGGUCCUACUGCAAUACUUUCAGCAAACAGAGGACCAUCCCUCACCAUCUAACCAAGAGGCUCCUCCCAAAGAGUGCUUGUCCUAUCAGAAGAAGCUGCGCAGCACUGUGUCGGCCCAGUCACAUUUCCUCAGAACAUAUGGAGGAACCAGCAGUCUGUCUCUAGAAGACAUCUACACAGAGGGUCAGCUGGAGCUUGCCCAGGGUGGCAGUGAGGCCCAGCCCCAGACUGGUGCUCUGGGGCUGGAGGACGUGGUGGGCCUGGUGGGCACCCUGAACCAGGAGGCUGACACUGUGCUAGUCUCUGGGGAUGCAGGCAGUGGGAAGAGCACCCUUCUCCAGAGGCUGCACCUCCUCUGGGCCAGGGGGGCGGCUCUACAUGAUUUCUUCCUCCUCUUUUCCUUCAGCUGCCGCAGGCUGAGCUCGGUACAGAGGGAGCUGUCUCUCAGAGAGCUGCUGUUCCUGCACUGCUGCUGGCCGGACGGGGACCAGGACCGAAUCUUUCAGUUCAUCCUGGACCAUCCGCACCUCAUCCUCUUCACCUUCGACGGCCUGGACGAGCUCAUGCAGAGCUUCUCAGACUCAGAGCAGAGGCACUGCUGCCCCACCCAGUGUGCCCCAGUCCCCACCCUGCUCUUCAACUUGCUGCAGGGAUCCCUCAUGAAGGGGGUGAGGAAGGUGGUGACCAGCCGGCCAGAGGCAGUGGGUCCCACCCUGAAGCGGUACCUUCGCAAGGAAGUCCUCUUGAAAGGCUUCUCGCCUGGCGGGAUCGACUGCUUCGUGAGGAAGUAUCAUCGCGACCCGAUGGUGGCCACCAGGGUCCUGGAGUGUCUACGAAGCAACACAGCUCUACUGGGCCUGUGUCACAUCCCGGUUUUCUGCUGGAUUGUGUCCAAGUGUUAUAAGGAGCUGCUGGGCUGUGGAGAGGGAGAGGGCAGUCCCCAGACCAUCACAGAUGUUUACCUCAUGAUCCUGCAGCAUUUCUUCCAGCGCCGGGCCUCUCAGAGGAACACGAUGGGGAUAGGAUGGGUGCAGGAGCACCAGGAUACUGCCCUGCAUCUGGGGCAGCUAGCCAUGGAGGGCCUGGGGGCCUCUUGUUACAUCUUCACAGGCACAGAGCUACAGAAGUGUGGGGUGACCGAGGAAGAUAUCUGCAUGGGGUUCCUCAUCCGUAGUAAAGACCUCUCCUCCUCCACUAACUGCAAACACUACGAGUUCCUGCACAUUACCAUGCAGUGCUUCUUUGCUGCUCUCUACAUUGUCCUGAACAAUAACUCGGACCGCUCCACCAUCCCUAAGCUCUUUCAGCCGCAGGACAAGCAGCAACAGCCUGGCUUUCACAGGGCGUGUCUGGGGCACUGCUUGACCCAACAAGAAGGGGCCUUGAAGGAGGCCAAUAAGGCAGCAGAGACACCCAACCUCCAGAUAACAGCCACUUUUGUGUCUGGGCUCUUGGCUCAGCGCCACCGUAGCCUGCUGCUUCUCUCCUGCCCUGGGCCCACUCUGGACAGGAAGUCCAAGCAGGUGGUGACGUGCCUGUCCAAAGGCAUGCAGAAGCACUUUAAAUCCAUCCCUCGGCCCGUGGAGGGGGAGAAGAAGAGCAUGCACGCCAUGCCGGGCUUCGUGUGGCUCAUCAAGUGCAUCCAUGAGAUGCAGGACAGCAGGAUCGCCAGAGACGCUAUGGCUAAGCUAGAGGUGGAACACCUGAAGCUGACCUAUUGUAACAUAGGCCCUGGGGAGUGUACUGCACUGGCCUACGUGCUCCAGCACCUUAGGAACCCUGUGGGGCUUCAGCUAGACUACAACUAUGUAGGAGACGUUGGCGUGGAGCAGCUGCUGCCUUGCCUGCAUGUCUGCCACUCUGUAUACCUGAGACACAAUAACAUAUCAGAUGAUGGAAUUCGUAAAUUGAUUGAAAAAGGCAUCCAGUGUGAGCACUUUCAGAAGAUUGCGCUCUUCAACAACAAGCUAACUGAUGCCUGCACAGAGUGCUUCGCUCACCUCCUGAAGAUGAAACAUAAUUUUCUCUCUCUAAGGCUGGGAAACAAUAACAUCACAGCAGCAGGGGCAGGGCAACUGGCGGAGGGACUGAGGUUCAAUCGGUCACUACAGUUCUUGGGGCUUUGGGGAAAUAAAAUAGGUGAUAAAGGUGCAGAGGCCAUUGCCAAUGCUCUCAAAGACAGCCAAACCUUGGUGUGGCUCAGCCUGGUAGACAAUGGUGUUGGCAAUGCAGGAGCAUGUGCUCUUGCCCCACUCAUCAAGAACAGUACGCUAGAGGAGCUGUGGUUAACCAAAAACUGCAUCACAAGAACAGGUGUGGAGUGUCUAAUACUGGCUCUUGAAAGCAACAAUAGUGUGAAGGCAGUGUGGUUGAAAGGUAAUGAGCUCAGCCCAGAAGAGGUGGAGGAGAUGACACAGCGGGAACCCAGGCUUACAUUCUGAUGAUGCCAAGUGCGGGUCAACUAUACUGGAGUAUUAUUGUUUACAGCCAUGUGUAUGUCUGUUUGUAAUUUAUGUAACUUCAUCAGUAGCAUUUCUCUUAAAAUGGUAGUUGUGUUAUUUAUAGGUUAUUAUAUGUUUUUACGUACAUUAUGGAUCAUGUUGGAUGUGUUGUUCUCUAUGAUGUAAACAGUGUGGGCAAGCUUGUUUUAUCCAUUCACAAUAAGUAGCAACCUCUGACCUGCUCUGCUACUACAGGCAGCUUGUUUGGUAGCAUUCUUUUCAUAUUAGUCAUAUUAGUCAUUGUGAUAAGGAACUGGUCUGACACUUGUUUUAUGUAAGCACCGUUGGGUGUGAGCCUAUUGUUUCUGGCUAAUUAUCAAAUAACAGUCAGGUAUUUGAACUGGUACAUCAGUAUUCUUAUGUACCCUACCCUAUUGUACACUGACUGACUGGAAGUGCCAGUAUGUUUGAUGACACGGGUUGAUUCAGUGGUAACAUGACUCUUAUUUUAUCAGUGAAUCACUAACGGUGAUUACAUUAGUCCUAUUGUGUCAGUGCUCUAUGGUGGGGAUAGAACGACUUGUUACAUUAUGUCACCUUGCCUACUGAGAAAUGUUAAUGUAGGUUAUAACAUUUUUAAAAUGCACUAUGCAGAAAUCUCUCCGCCGUUUUCUGGUUCGGGAAAAUCGAAUAGUUCGCUUAAUUUCAGUUUAUGUGACAACAAGCAAGUAUAGUGUAGAGAAUACCAAAAAGUUACAAAUUGCAGCUUUAAUUUGAAGUAAAACAGCAAUUCAGUGUACUAUUAAUGACAUAUAAUUUCUCCAAAAUAUAAUAUGAAGAAUUCACGUGCUGCUUUUAUCAAUAUUUGCACAUCAUUCUGCACUCAUCACAAGUAAUUUGCAUGUCAACACACACACAUGCCUGGUUUGAAUUACAUGAAUCUGUCUACACUAUACAAGUCACAGUAUAGAAGAUCCCAGACCUAUCAACAGCACUGUUAAUGUGGGAGGCAAUUAAUUAUUUAUAUAAACCCUGCACUGCUGAUGGUUUGUAUUGGCCAUUGAGAGGCUUUGAAGUAGACGUUGACCAAUUAUGAUUUUUUAACGCCGAUACCGAUUGUUGGAGGACCAAAAAAAGCCGAUACCCAUUAAUUAAUAUAUAUAUAUAUAUAUAUAUAUAUAUAUAUAUAUAUAUAUAUAUAUAUUUGUAAUAAUGACAAUUACAACAUUACUGAAUGAACAAUGAACACUUUUAUUUUAACUUAAUAUAAUACAUAAAUCAAAUCAAUUUAGUCUCAAAUAAAUAAUGAAACAUGUUCAAUUUGAUUUAAAUAAUGCAAAAAACAAAGUGUUGGAGAAGAAAGUAAAAGUGCAAUAUGUGCCAUGUAAAAAAGCUAAAGUUUUAAGUUCUUUGCUCAGAACAUGAGAACAUGAAUGCCGGUAGUUCCUUUCAACAUGAGUCUUCAAUAUUCCCAAUUGAGAAGUUUUAGGUUGUAGUUAUAGGAAUUAUGACGUGUCAACUAUUUCUCUCUAUACCAUUUGUAUUUCACAUACCUUUGACUAUUGGAUAUUCUUAUAGGCACUUUAGUAUUGCCAUCCUAAUCUCGGGAAUUAAUAGGCUUGAAGUCAUAAACAGCGCUGUGCUUCAGGCAUUGCUAAGAGCUGCUGGCAAACGCAGUAAAGUGCUGUUUGAAUGAAUGCUUACAAGCCUGCUGCUGCCUACUACCGCUCAGACUGCUCUAUCAAAUAUCAAAUCAUAGACUUAAUUAUAAUAUAAUAAACACAGAAAUACGAGCCUUUGGUCAUUAAUAUGUCAAAUCCCGAAACUCAUUUUGAAAACAAAACGUUUAUUCUUUAAGUGAAAUACGGAACCGUUCUGUAUUUCUUCAGAACGGGUGGCAACCCUAAGUUUAAAUAUUGCUGUUACAUUGCACAACUUUCAAUGUUAUGUCAUAAUUAUGUUCAAUUCUGGCAAAUUAAUUACGGUCUUUGUUAGAAGGAAACGGUCUUCACACAUCUCGGAACGAGCUAGGCGGCCCAAAUUGCUGCAAACUGUCCGGGGGCUGCAUUUAUUGUAGCUGAAAAUGUUAACAAAGCCUUGAGAACAAUGCUACCUAAAUUUGAUCAGCAUAUUGAUUGCACGACACGAAGGGCAAAUACUCUUUUUUUUAUACA